CAUUGCAGAAUCAGUGAAUACUAAUAAGAUGGAAUUCAGAAAAUUUAAAAGCUAAUGGAAUUUUAUUCAGUCUGAAACUAACAAUAGUCCAUUUUAUUCGAUAUUGAUUAAAACAGAGAGAACUUUGUAGAAGAAUCAGACAACUAUGAAAUUCUUUGCACUACUUGUACUGGAGUGUUUAAGCCUUCUUUGCCAAAUACAAUGUCAAUAUUUUGACCCGCGGUAUUUUUUACCAUAUGCAAAUCCACCUCCAGUGGCGUUCUAUAGAAGGAACAGUAUGACACACGAUAGGGAAACCAUAGGUUCAUCUGGUGGCGCUCCUAUCAAACUAUUUCAUAAUCGUCAGGCACCAUUUGGGAACACUAAUUCACCAAUAAGGAGCUGGUUACCAAGAUCUAGUCCAAAGUACAAUUUUUACAACAACAUGCCUGUUUUAAGCAGAAAUGUUUUACCUGAAUUUCAACGUGUUGACAGCAUAGAGCAGUCAAAUAUAAGAAGACCUAUCAACUCUACAAGCAACUCACAACUACCAAAUAUUAUCAAACUAUUAUUCAAAACACAAAGUGGUGUGAAUUUCAGACCUAAAAUAAUAAGUUUGGGACUAGGAAUCGGAUUGGGAGCAACGCUGGGUACUUCAUUAGUGCGUGAACUAAAUGGACAUAAAUAAAAUAUGAUAUCCAAUAAAAAGUAUAACUCAAUGUGCUUGUAUUGUUAUUUUAAUAAAAAGAUUCAUAUCGUGA